AUGCUUCUGGCCUUGGCUCUUCUGCUGCUCUUGGACCUGAGCGCCCGCCGAGGGUGGGGCUGCCUGCAGUGUGACCACUCGGUGCGGGAGGCCCUGAGCCAGCUGCGCGUCGCCCUCAUCCCCGACCGCUUCCAUCAAGAGCAGCUGCAGGCCCGCGCUCAGGCCCUGCUGCUGGGCAUGGAGGGGCCUUUCUUCCGGGACUACGCGCUGAACGCCUUUGUGGGGAGAGUGGGGAUAGAGCACCUGGACCUUGUGGCAUCCUUUAUCAAGAAUCAAACAAACAACUUAAUGGUUAAUUCUCUUAGAGAUGGGCCUCUGCUGGAUGAACUGGUGACUCUUAGGGAGAGGGUGAUCAAGGAACUCAAGAAAGUUUUAAGAUCAUAUGAAUUAAAAGCCUGCGAUCCCAAAAUUUGCCGCUUGCUAAAAGAAGAAGUCUUGGAUUGUUUACAUUGCCAGAGGAUCAGUCCCAAAUGCAUCAAAGAAAAGUACUGUUUCGCUUUGCGGACUUAGGCCUGGUCCUUUCUUCUGGAGGUGCAUGCCUGGGACCCAGCAAUGGCCAUCAGGACCCUGACGGGCAAGGGCCAGGAAUUGGUGACCUUCAAAGACGUGGCUGUGGACUUCACCCUGGAGGAGUGGGGCCAGCUGGGGCCUGGCCAGAGAGAGCUGUAUCGGGAUGUGAUGCUGGAGAACUACCAGAACCUUCUCUCGCUGGGGGCAGGGCUUCCUGGGUCCAAACCCGACGUGAUCUCCCGUCUGGAGCGAGGGGAAGAGCCCAGGAUGGAGAGGAGAGAAGCCCGGCGAGUUACCUAUUCAGACUUGGAGACAAGCUCUGAAACUACUCAGGAGACACUUCCAAAAAAGAGUAUUUCCGAAGAGGUGGCUUCCCCAAUGGGAAAAAUGGAGGGCAUUUUAAGGGCAGUGCUUGGAGACACCAAGCUGGGGGACUCCUGGACAUGCGGCCGUCAACUGGAAGACCAGGGAAAGCAGGAGAGGCGUUUGAGGUGGUUGUUUGCUACUCCCGAGGAAAACACCCAUGGCGAGCUGAGACACUUCAGGCGGACCUCAGCUUUCGUUGGGAAGCAAAGAGUGCCUGGGGGAGAGGAUCCUCAGAAGUGGACCAGGUCAAGAAAGAGCCUGAAACACCAAAGGAAACCAUUUAACUGCACGGAAUGUGGGAAAGCCUUCAUCUACCAUUCGGACUAUGUCCUACACCAGAGAAUUCACACUGGAGAGAAGCCCUACAAGUGUAACGAGUGCGGGAAAGCAUUCAGCAACAGUUCAUAUUUCAUCCAGCACUACAUCAUCCACACAGGAGAGAAGCCCUAUACCUGCAACGAAUGCGGCAAGACCUUUACCCAGAGCUCAUCGCUCACCGAGCAUCAGAGGAUCCACACUGGAGAGAAACCCUACAAAUGCAAGGAAUGUGGGAAAGCCUUCACCCAGAGCUCCUCCCUCAUCAAACACCAGCGAUGCCAUACCGGGGAGAAACCCUAUAAAUGCAACCAGUGUGGGAAGUUCUACUCCCAGGUGUCCCACCUCACCCGCCACCAGAAAAUCCACACAGGGGAGAAGCCCUACAAAUGCAGUGAGUGUGGCAAGGCUUUCUGUCACACCUCCUCCCUGACUCAGCACCAGACAAUCCACACUGGUGAGAAACCCUACAAGUGUAACGAGUGUGGGAAAACCUUCAGCCACAGCUCGUCACUGACCCAGCACCAGCGAGUCCACACUGGAGAGAAACCUUACGAGUGCCCCGAGUGUGGCAAAGCCUUCAGCCACAGUUCGUCCCUGACUCAGCAUCAGAGAAUUCAUACUGGUGAGAAGCCCUAUGAGUGUCAUGAGUGCGGGAAGGCUUACACGCAGAUCUCCCACCUCAUGAGGCACCAGAGCGUUCACGUGGGGGAGAAACCCUAUAUAUGUAAUGAGUGUGGAAAGGCUUUCAGUCACACCUCCUCCUUUACUCAACACCAGACGAUCCACACCGGUGAGAAACCCUACAAUUGUAAAGAAUGCGGGAAAACCUUCAGCCAGAACUCCUCGCUUAUGCGCCACCAGAGAAUUCACACUGGGGAGAAGCCCUAUGAGUGUACAGUUUGCGGGAGAGCCUACACCCAGAUUUCCCACCUCAUCCAACAUCAGAGGACUCACACUGGAGAGAAACCUUAUAAGUGCGGUGAAUGUGGGAAAGCCUUCAGCCGGAGCGCCCAUCUCAUCGAGCAUCAGAAGAUCCACACGGGCGAGAAACCCUAUAAGUGUAAGGAGUGUGGGAAAACAUUCAGUCACAACUCAUCCCUAACUCAACAUCAGAGGAUUCACACCGGCGAGAAACCCUACACCUGUAAGGAAUGCGGGAAAGCCUUCAAUCAAAGUAUCCACCUUAUUCAGCAUCAGAGGAUUCAUACCGGGGAGAGACCCUACAAAUGUAAGAACUGUGGGAAAACCUAUGCCCAGAUUUCACACCUCAUUCAACACCAGAAAGUUCAUAUGGGUGGGAAGCGCUAUGCAUGUAAAGAAUGCGGAGAGGACUUCAGCUGGGGUUCACACCUGGCCGAACAUCAGAGACUUCACACUGUGCACGACGGCUACAUCCGCGUUCUUGGACCAGCUUCACCCUAAGAAAAGCCUGCCUCACCCCCCAGGAUUAUGAAGAAAGUCCUCCUAUAUUUUAUUCUAGUACUGUUACGAUUUUUUAACAAGUAAAUUUUUAUUCCUUCUGCAUUUUUAUG